ACUCAGAGACACCAGCAAAGGUAUGGUCAACUCUUCUCUCCAUCUCACUCAAUGACUUUCUUUAACUCUUCAGUUUUGGUUUCACUAUUAUGAUCAGAGUCAGUCCAUCUGAAUUCUUUAUUUAUGUCUGAUUAUAAAUAGAUUUUGUGAUGUUUGAAUGUUGGAUUUAUUUGUAACAGAUAACAAUGGCAAAUUUUGUUGCAUAUAGGUUGUGUUUUGCAGCUUAAGUUUGUUUCAGGAGUCUUUCCAUGCUUCUAUGGGCACGUAGCAACUCAGUGAUCUUUGUACCUGUGACACAGUCUGAAUUUCACAGGUUUCUCUAGACUAAACCAAAUAUUUGCUGCAACAAACAAACAUACUGAGUAAAUUACAGGAAAGAAGCGUGUUUGUAGAUAAAAGGAUGACAUGCUGAAAUGAACUCAUGCCUGCUGUCUUAGAGAGAUGACCCAGCAAUGAAACAGCAGAUGGGUGACUGAUCUUUACAAGAAGCAGCUAAUGAUGCCAAAUUUUCUUACUCUUCCAGGCAGAACUUUUAACAGGAAACUACAAAUAUGCACUACAAUCCAGCAAUUCUGUUUUCUCUGCUGCAACUUGUAAGCUUGGGGACCAGUGUUCCUUUGCCAUCGGACAUGGUGAAGAUGAAGGCAAAAGUGAAAUGGAUGACUGAACAGCUGGUGAUCAAGCUCACCAGAAACUUCCGAGUUCUUGAUAACGUCACAGUCAAUCCACCUGCUGAUACGGUGGAUGGACUUUCCUCCAUAGUGGCCACCUUGGAGGGUUAUAACAGCGUGAUCUCUGACAGCCUUGAUGGAGUCACCCAGAUCAAGACUGAAAUUUCUUCGCUGGCAGGUUUCCUCUCUCGGUGGCAGCAGGGACACUGCAGCGAGCAGCGACCAAAGCCCUCGGUACCUGGACCGCUACAAGAGCUGCAGAGCCGCAAAGAGUUCAUUCACACCGUGAGCAGGGAGGCUCUCGUGAGGGUGAAGGAGUUCCUCAAACUGGUACUGAAAAAUCUGGAUCAACUUGAGACUUGCUGAAAGACUUGCUUUACAAACAAUACUUGAGUUUUGACUUUUUAUAGCCAGAAUGUGAAGUUUACAUCAGAGCUGUCUGAAUUAGUAUCCCCCCUGACUAUGUUGGACUAUUUAAGGUAAAUGUAUUCUUGAAUAUGCACAUAUUUAUAUACCUAAAUAUUUAUAUAUUGCUUUAAGGAAAUGUGUAUUUUUUAACUGACAUCUAUUUUGCACAGCAUUAAGUGUUGACUUAAAGGAGUAAUUAUCUGUAAAAAGGUUACACACAAAGAUAAAUCACACAAACAAAAGUCUGUAAAAGUUUUAAAAACUUUGGUUGAAAAUUAUGAAUUUUAAAGUACUUUAGAAGCAGGAACAGCCUAGGAUGAAGCACCACAAUGAGCUUUAACAUCAUCUCCUGAAAUCCCUGAAAACCAGAUAAGUACUUUCCAAAAAUAACAGCUGUGUUUGAGAAUUUCAGGGCCAGAGAGAGCGAAGGGCAGCCAUGAUUGCAGGUCAAUAUCAUUUGCUCUUCCAAAACUGCCAUGUACAUCUGAGGAUGAUAUUUUGUAUAUUUUUGUACAGCUGCAAUAACUUUUACUGUUUGAUUCAAACUUAAUAAAUAUUUGAUACAAAGAA